AUGGUAAUGGUCACAGUACUUGGAAUAGAUGAUUCUGGUGUAGUGCUGGAUGAUUCAGUGCCGGGAACAGUUGUGCCAGAUGAUUCAGUACCUGGAACAGUUGUGCCAGAUGAUUCAGUACCUGGGACAGUAGAACCUGAAGAUUCAGUACCUGGAACAGUAGACCCUGACGAUUCAGUACCUGGGACAGUUGUGCCAGAUGAUUCAGUGCCGGGAACAGUUGUACCAGAUGAUUCAGUACCUGGAACAGUAGAACCUGAGGAUUCAGUUCCUGGAACAGUAGACCCUGAAGAUUCAGUACCUGGAACAGUAGACCCUGAUGAUUCAGUACCUGGGACAGUAGAACCUGAUGAUUCAGUACCUGGAACAGUAGUACCAGAUGAUUCAGUACCUGGGACAGUAGAACCUGAUGAUUCAGUACCUGGAACACUUGUGCCAGAUGAUUCAGUACCUGGGACAGUUGUGCCAGAUGAUUCAGUACCUGGAACAGUUGUACCAGAUGAUUCAGUACCUGGGACAGUUGUGCCAGAUGAUUCAGUACCUGGGACAGUUGUGCCAGAUGAUUCAGUACCUGGGACAGUUGUACCAGAUGAUUCAGUACCUGGAACAGUAGAACCUGAGGAUUCAGUACCUGGAACAGUAGACCCUGAAGAUUCAGUACCUGGAACAGUAGACCCUGAAGAUUCAGUACCUGGGACAGUAGAACCUGAUGAUUCAGUACCUGGGAUAAUUGUGCCAGAUGAUUCAGUACCUGGUGUUGUUGUAGUAGAACAUUGA